CACGAGCGCGAGAGCUUGAGCGAAUAAUUAUGAUACCGGUGGAAAAAAAUAUGGACAGCGAGGAAAGAAUAGACACCAAAGGAUUACAAGAUUGCCCCGGGUUACCAACCGGAUGGAAAAGAGAAGAAGUAAUACGGAAAUCUGGACUUUCUGCUGGAAAGACUGAUGUGUAUUAUUAUAGCCCAUGUGGAAAGAAAAUGCGCAGCAAGCCUCAACUUGCCCGAUUCAUUGGUGAUGCAAUCGACCUGAGUGCAUUUGACUUCCGGACGGGGAAGCUCCUUUCGUCGGGUGUGAGAAAGAGUAAAAGACUAAAGAACAUUCACUUUGAUUAUAGCAGAGGAACCAAGCAUGAUGCUAGUCUAGUCCUGCCAAUUAGACAGACGGCUUCUAUCUUCAAGCAACCAGUUACACUCAAGACUAACCACAUUAAAAACAGGACGAAAGCAGACCCAAAGCAAGACACAAAGGAAACUCCUAAGCAGCUCUUCUGGGAGAAGCGACUACAAGGUCUGAAUGCGUGCGAUAUGACAGAAGAAAUACUGAAAUCGAUGGAGCUCCCAGAUGGAUUAAUAAGUGUAGGUCCAGGUCUUACCAAUGAUAAUUUACUUCAAAGUCUUGCAUCAAGCCUACAUCUCAGUUCACAACCCAUCCUUGGUCAGGUCGGCUCACAGCCUCAUCUUGAUAAAAACCCAGGAGUGUAUCUCAAUGCUGACCAGCCUCCCUGCCUCAAGUUCAUGGUGACGGAAGCAGACAUCAGAAGACAGGAAGAAAGGGUCAAGGAGGUCAGAGAUCGCUUACAAAGGGUCAUGAAGGGUGACCCGGAAGCUAUACAAGGCCUGAUGCUUUAGAACAGUCCUCUCCAGUGCCCCAAUGACCUCCCCUUAAAGAUGAAUUAGACUUUGCAGAAGAUGAUUGAAUCAGAUUGCCCCCUUCUCCGCAUCACUCGCUCCUCCCUCCGCUAUCCGCUGAAGAUGCAGUCCGCAAUCGUGCUCCCUAUGUGUGUCUGACUGCCCAGCAUCCUAGGUAACCAUGGCGACCCCUCAUCACCUGGCCAAUCCUUCAGCAUCUCAGUGGCGAGGGCAGAGAAACCAAAGCCGCCCACAAUGCAAUUGGUUCUGCCGUCGUCUCCGGCGUUGACAAGAGAUGCCAGAAGGGUAUGUAGCAUCUCUCUGCUCCUACCGAUAUCAUCUUGAUGCCAUCAUCAUCAUCAUCUUCUAGUUCUUCUCUGUUUGAUUUCAGAGAUGCAUGCAUCUGAUAUCCCUCUUUCUCUUCACCCACUACAUCAUGCCAUAUUUUCAUGGCUAUCUCCCCAUCCCAAACAUAUUUUUAUACUACUGUAAUGAGUUGUACAUAUGUUUCAGAUAGGUAAGGCAGAGGAUGUCACAUCUAGACGUGCACUUUUGCUUUAUUUGUAUAUAUUGCACCACUGCUAUUAUUGACAAGGUGUAAAGAAAAUGAUGUAGAAAGAUGCUCCAUUUGUUGAUUGUAGUUCCAAAAAGGAAUGAAAUUUGCAAACCGAGGUAUAAAUGUCAGGAAACAGCAUUCAGUAUAUACAAAUUUUAAAUAAAAAUUACAAUUGAAUAUAUAAUAAAGUCUAAACUCAGAGAUAAUCAUUUUUUGUUCAUAUUGAAGUUGAUUCAUUCUUCAAAUACUCCAAUGCGAUAAAAAAAAUUCUUGUAUUUAUGUCUCCAUGGUUUACAUCUGUUAAUUAUCCCUUUCUGCACGAUUAAGCAAUUUUUUUGUUAUCAAUUUCAUAUUUCAGUGUUUAAAACUGACCACAAUGUUUUUUUCAUCCUAUGCAAACUAACAAAGUUUUCUGUUGAGUUCUUUGGCUUUAGUUAAAUGUUAACUUUGUUUUGUUGAUGAAUUCUUCCAAGUUGACCCUUUUGAGUUCAAAAGUUCAAUGAUAUUAAAUUAUUGUUCAUUGUGUUUAUUCAGUUCUCAUGUGUAGCUUAAGCUUUGAGUUUUCAAAUUGUUUCAUCUUCGUUAUAUCUAUGGAAAUACAAACUCCAGUGAACUUAUUAGAUAUUUCUUUCAGUCACGGGCAAGUGCAGCACCAUAAAACCUUCUAAGGAUGUCCUGUUACCUUUGACAAAAUCCAAACAGUACACAUACAUUAAUCUUUAAUUCUAUACAAAAAGAUAUGAUAUCUUAUUCCAGAAUGAUAUGAAAGAUGACUACUCAUAAUUAGGUCUAGAUAUACAUACAUGUAUAUUUGUUCUCUAAGAUUAACAAUUGAUGGUAGCCAACAUUAUGUGAACAACUUUAGAAAUCCUCUUUGCUGCACAGUAAGAUAGGAAGACUACACUUGAAUAAUUUCUUUCAACAUAAAGUAUAGAUUAUGUUAGUUUCCUUUUCUGCAAUUAUGUCAGAAACAAAGUUGUAUUCUGAUUCUGAGGUUGGGCUUAUAAAUGUGGUAGUUGUUAUUUUCAUCUAAAAUACUCAAUAAUUGACAUUAAGAGAUAUGUAACAUUCUACUCAUUCCAAAAGGUAUCAAGGCCAGUUUUUAAUCAUUUUUUUUCUAAAUGAUGUUGACUUGAUACUGUCUACAUAUCCUAAUGUAAUAACCACUGCGAUCAUGAUAUAGUACUCUGCAUUUGGUAAUCCUAGAUACACUCAAUUUUGAAAUUCAGAAGAUUAAAAUCCAACUGAACUGUAGCAGGCAUUUUUCGAGAAUUAGGGAACUGUAUCUCAUCCAGAUUUUUUCGGAAUUUUAUAUUCCGUAGAAUUAGAAGUGUGUUUUAUUUUUUAUACAUGUUUCUUGGGAUGUCAGAAGAAUAAAACCAAUUUAAUAAUUUACUGUUUAGUGAGACAAUUCCUUGCUUGGGUCUUUCAUUACAUGAUUAUUCUCAAGGGAAUGUCUUAUUUUCAUCAUCUCAAAUCUAUAUUUUUAUUCUUUUUGUUGUUAUCAAUAAAAUUCUAUUUAUUUUGCACACCCCUUGAGUGAUUCAAGGCUAUCAAAAUCAAUCUGAUUUGAUGGCAUCUCAUAGAUUCAGUCCAUUUCAAAUAAGAUUUAUUUAUUACAAAACAUUUCGUAGCUCCCAUGAACUAUAACAAAAGUUGGAAUACAAAGUCUUAUCAUAUUGCUUUAAAAAUCAGUCUUAUUAUUUAAAGUGUAUUAAAAUUAUUUUGUAAAAUUCCUCCUUAACUGUAUUAUUUUGAGAAUUCUAAUCUUUUGGAAUUUAGACUGGGCCUAGUCAUUUUAUGAUUCCUUUCCUAUAUAUUUUUAAAAUAUUUUGUUUUAAGUUUUAAUACACUCUAAAUUACAGGGAACUCCAAUAGAUAAAAGUUCAAUUGUGAUAGAUGAUCUGUCAAGCUCUAGGUUUAAUGUUGGAAUCACAAAUAAUUAUUUUGAAUCCUCAAAUUAUUCAAAUAGAAAGCUUUAAGCCUUGAAUUCAAAUCUUUAUGGUUUUAAGUCUUAGUCCAAUAUUCGGUUGGUUAUUCACCACAGCCAAUUUAUUUAAAUAUUUAUUAAAUUAUGAUUGUGGGAUGACUGGUCUUUUCCUCUAAAUUGUUCACAGGAUUAAUCAAGUCAGUAAUUCCUGUAGUUUAUGAAAGAGUUGAAUGUGAUGGCAUUUACUCUGCUUAAGAAACUUCACUGUAGGAAAUUGUCUGCUUGACAUCAUAACAAUAGCUGGAAUAAUGAUGUGAAUGUAAUUGAUGUAAAUUAUCUUAAUGAUUAAAAAAUAUGUAAAUCUAUGUUUGCAAAAUAAAAGUGCAUGAAACAGAAA